AUGCAACAGAGCUCUCGUCCUAUCAGCUCGAAUCCUCCUACCAUGCGUCGCAGCAGACCAGCCCCACCGCGCUGGCCCGCGCGACGCCCUCCUCCCCCCGAAGACGACAUCGAGGACAUGACUGUGGAGCAGCGUCUGGAACGUUUGUCGCAACUCUCCGGUCGCGUCGGCGAGAUGCGCAGCGUGUUUGACCGAGAAAGCCUGCUACGCCAAAUGGGCGCUCUGGACCCUGCGCUGUACGCCCCUCCCCAACCUUCCCGCAAAAAAAUAUCUACUGAAGAAGCUAUCGAGGAAGGAGAGGAAGAGGAGGAUGUCGAUGAUGACCGGCCAUUGGAAUGGAUCGAAUGGAACGACGACCCCCUGACCCACGUGGUCAACAAUACAAUUAUAGAGCGGCUUCCGGAUGGUAUGCGACGCCGACUGCGACUAGCCCGUGACGCAGAUGAGGACGAGGCGGUUAUUUCAGUUCCGUUGCACAACUGUCUGUCAGUUUACAUCUGUGAGGGACUGGAAGUGCAGGACUCCCUGGAGCGCCAGGAAGCGGCCGCCGACUUUAGCCGUAUGCAGCUAGCUUUCCUGGAGCGUUGGGCCGUGUAUCAUGGCCCCAUGCCGCCCGCCCUUGUGGACUUCCUGUGCGACUUCUCCUUUGACUCCCCCCCGGCUCGCGCCAAAAUGGCGCUGUGGGUCUUGUGGUUGGCUGAGACCGGCAGCGACUACUGGCGAGAGGUGCUCGGAGCGCUGACACCACCGGAGGACAUGCCGCAUGUUGAGUUCUGUACGGACGACGAGCUCAUGGAGCUCCAGUGGAUGCCGUACGCUCUGCCCAUCAGUAUACGGCGGGAGGCGUUACGAACCUUCUGGGAGUAUUUUGGCGCGUCGCCGCUGGCGGAGGGAAUGGGCUGGCAGAGAACAUCGGAAGUGGAUCCUCUGGAUCCAGAAGGAUCCUCCGCGGCGGCGGCGGCGGCGGCGGCGGGCGAAAGAUCCCCAGAGCCCCUCCGUCCGCUUCCUCCGUUUGAGCGGUUUCUUUGGGCCUACUGCCAUUCGGAAGCUCGGUCACUAGGCAAUGGAGAGCGAGUGGUGUUUUUCCCGCUGGCUGACCCCUGCAUCUACACCACUGAGCCCACAACGAUCAACACGACCUUGGCGGUGGUGGCUGACGACGGCCCCACUUUGGACGAGUUUGCCGUACUAGCCACAUUGCGGCCGUUACAGAAAGGCGAGCUACUGCAUGCACAUGCGCCUUUCGGUGAGGGUGUUGCGGAGGGAGGCGGCGGUGCCACCAGCCAACUGCACACCCAAUUCGGGAUGGUUCCGGAGCUAGGAGGCAACGAGGCAGACCUGCAGGACCUGCAGCCGGAGACGGGCUCCCUAGACGAUGACUGGCUGAAGAGGCUGCUGGGGCAGGAGGCGUCCACUCGGCUGGAUCUGAUCACAGACCCGAAGUUGCGUCACCUGCUGACGCUGGCCGAGUCCGGAGACGCCGACAUGAACCAGAUGCCGCCCACCAGGCGCAUCUUGCCGCCUCUGCAGCUGCCAAAGCUAUGGGGCCCGGGGCUUGUGGCUGGCGUCAAGCGGUUACGGUUAGACGAGCGUUACAUCGAGCCAACCGACUGGGAACGCGAGGCCAUUGAACAGUCCUUGGCGGAGGAGGAGCGUACGGCAGAGGCGAUGGCGGCGGAGAGGCAGGCGGCUGGUUUCGCAACCGGCGGCACGGAGGGUGUGUCGUACAAGGAGUACGACGAGUGGAAGGAGGACAUGCGGAGUCGUGAGAUUGUGGAGGUUCCGGGGGACAUCACGAUUCUUGAAACGGACGAGGGCCGGGCCGAGUGGAGGCGGUUGAAGGCCGCCUGGCACUCCCUACCCCGGGUCGCACCCGACAACAAAGAACACGGGAACAGAAUGGAGCUUGCGCUACAGGGGGCUCCCCUUGCACAGGUGUUCAGCACCCCCCGGGACAUCACGCGGGAGCUCGCCGCCGCGGAGGCCGUACUGUCCGCGCUUAACCGCGUACAGGCAGCCUUCCCCACAACCAUCGAACAGGACGAGCAACUGAUUGCCUCCGCCGCCGCGGCCGCCGCCGCAGGGCGCGCCAAGCGCGGUGCCAGCGGUGCCAGCGCCAAAGGUUCCGAGAACAGCGGCGAAUCGCUGACGGCAGCGGCCUCGGCGGCGCUGGCGGAGGCUGAGGCGGCGGCGGCGGCGGAGCCGCCGCCGCCGCCACGGACCGCAAUCACGACGGCGAGGAUGUUGGGCGUCGUCGCCUGGCGUCUGGAGCUGAAACGGGUUUGGCGGCAAAUGGCCGGUAUGGUUCAGGAGUACCGGGAUGCGUUGUUGGUGGCGGAGGCGACGGCGACCGCCGCCGCCACGGCGAUGGGGACGGGGGAACCCGUGGCUGCGGCAUAA